AUACUGUAAUCGCAGGGCGUAGAAAAUGUAACAGCAUCAUGUUUUCUGGGAUUCAACACAUGCGGCUUUGGAUACUCCAAAUCAGCUUCGAGUCCUUUGCGUGUGUCAUUGCACAGCGGCGCGUCCAGCCCUCGGUGGUUAAUGGGAAUCUGCUGACAGAGCACAACCAGUUAUUUGUGCAGGCAUAUGUUUGCGCGGAUCAGCAGGUGCUGUCUUAAAAAAAGAGAGAAAGAAACAUUAAUGGAAGUGGAGGUUUCAACAAAAUCAGCAUCGGCGAACUGAGGGAGAACUCUUUCGUGGAAGGACUCUUAUUUCCAGAAUGCGCUGACGGACGUGUGUGUGACAUGAUCGUCGCGUUAGCUCGGAUCAGAUAAAUUCGACCAGGUGUCUUCUCCCCUUUAGCAGUCAUGGCUCACUCUGUAUCUGGAGGGACUGUGCUCACUAUCCUCCUCAUUAGCAGGUUGUUAGAGAACUCACUGCUCUACGCAGAAGUGAAGGAAGGAGAGAUUUUGCCUCCUACCAUUCAGAGGCUGAUGAAAGGAUACAACAAGUAUCUCAGGCCUUUCUUUGACAACGGCCCUGUAACGGUGGGGAUGAGUUUGGAUAUUGCUAGCAUUGACACCAUCUCUGAGAUUAACAUGGACUACACUGCCACCAUAUUUCUUCGUCAGCGCUGGACAGACGAGCGCUUGGUGUUUGAGGGCAACAAGAGCCUGAGCCUUGACGGACGGCUGGUGGAGCUCCUCUGGGUGCCGGACACUUUUAUUGUCGACUCCAAGAAAUCCUUCCUGCAUGAUAUCACUGUGGAGAACAGACUGAUUCGCAUCUUCCCCAAUGGGACCGUCCUUUAUGCUCUGAGGAUCACCACCACUGUGGCAUGCAACAUGGAUUUGACAAAGUACCCCAUGGACAAGCAGACCUGCACAUUACAACUCGAGAGCUGGGGCUACAACAUCAAUGAUGUUAUGUUUUACUGGACUCGAGGAAAUGAGUCUGUCAGUGGUUUAGACACACUCCAGCUGGCUCAGUACACUGUAGAGGACCACUACACAUCUGUCUCAGAAGCUGUCUAUGAAACAGGUCAUUACCCCAGACUGGUUUUCCACUUUGAGCUGAAAAGGAGCAUUCUGUAUUUCAUCCUGGAGACUUAUGUCCCAUCAAGCCUGCUGGUGGUCCUCUCAUGGGUGUCUUUCUGGAUUUCCUUAUCCUCUGUUCCAGCUCGAAUUUGUAUAGGAGUGACAACCGUUCUGACUAUGACCACACUGAUGAUGGGAGCCAGGACUUCACUGCCCAAUGCCAACUGCUUCAUCAAGGCCAUUGAUGUCUACUUGGGAAUCUGCUUCAGCUUCAUAUUUGGAGCACUCAUUGAGUAUGCUGUGGCCCACUUCUGCACUCUCACUCACCCCAAUGCUCACAUGCUGAUGUACGGUCACCAAAUGCACGACAUGGACGACGAAAUGAAUGGCAUCGUCACCACCAUUUCCACUCACUCCAACAGAGCCAAGAGACGCAAGGAGCCUGCAAUCACUUCUAUCCCGGCUCCUGCCUCAGCAGAACUCAAUGUCAGCCCCUCAAGUCCCUCGGGCAGUGAGCCCAAGCCUGAAGUGACCCCUCCAGAGCCCACCAACUGGUGCCUCACCGCUCUUGCCACACUCCGCAAAAUCCUCCGCUUUAUAAGCUGCUGUCAUAUCGAGAACCCCCACCACAUAGACAACUACUCCAGAGUUACCUUCCCCCUUUCUUUUGUCAUUGUCAACCUGCUCUACUGGACAUAUUAUCUGUACUUCUAGUAUUAACUUAAGAGCAGCAGUGUGUCUUAGAGAGUGUAAGGCAAAGAGCGUAUGUUGACAAGAAGUGUAUUUUACUGUAUAUAUGUACAGGAAGUAAAAACAAGGUGUGUUCUGAGAUAGGUUUAUACAGUUUCUAUGUUUGGAUUCAUGAGCAAAGUAGCAAACUGAAAUGUUCUUAUUUAAUUAUCUAUUUAUUUAUUUAUUGGAAAAACUACUGCUCAUAAUUGCAGAUUCAUUUUAAAUAGCAAAACAGUUGCAUCUCAAUAACUUACAAUAUUACUAACAAAGCUAAAAUGUCGGCCUGCUGAAAUCUAUGCCCAUGUACUCAUCCAUCCAUCCAUACUUGCCUAUCUCCAGUGCUUAUUGGCAGGAGGUGGGGUACAUCCAGGACAGGUCAACAGUCCGCCACAGAUGUCCAUCUACUGUACAUUAUAUAUACUCAAUACUUGGUUUGUGUUCUUUUGAAUGAAUUACUGGAUCAAUGUGGCAUGACAUGAUGGCAAUCAGCCUGUUGCUCUGCUGAGAUGUUGAGGAAUCCUGGGUUGCCUUAAAGAUGACCUUCAGCUUGUCAGCAUUGUUGGGUCAUGUCUCCCUCCUCUUCAUCUUAACAACACUCAGUAGAUUCUCUUUGGGGUUUAGGUCAGGCCAGUUUGCUGGCCAAUCAAGCACAGUGAUACCACAGUCAUUAGAGCAGAAAUUGCUACCUAUGGUGUUGUGGGCGAGUUCCAAGUCCUGCUGAAAAAUAAAAUGAGAAUCUUUAUAAAGUUUGUCAGGAGAGAAAAGCAUGAAGUACUCUAAAACUUAUUGGUUGACCCUUGCUCUGACAUAGGGCUUGAGAAAACACAGUAAACCAACACAGGCCAUGCCCUUUCUCCCAAAUCUGUGAAACUUUCACACUGAAAGUUUCCACAGUCAGUUUUGUGAUUAGCUCCAUGCCUUGUGGAUCUCUCUUAAACUCUUAAAAGGCCUUUCAUCACAAUGCUCUCAAGGCUGCAGCUAUCCCAGAUGCUUCUACACCUUUUUCUACCACACUUUUUCCUUUCACACAACUUUCCAGUAAUAUGCUGAUAUAUAACUAAGUUGACUUAUUUAACAAUGCCAAUUUGCUGCUUAUUCUCCAGCCCUGUUUUUCCAAAUAAGUCCUUUAUUUUACUAAGAAAUAGGCCAGCCUUACCAGAGAACACAGGCUUUGAUCAACUCUAAUAAUUCAAAAGUAAGAAAAGGCUAUUGCAUCUUUCUAGUUGAGAUAUAUUUAUUUUAAGCUAGAGCUGUGAUUUAACGCUUUGUGACAGAUUUCACGAGGGCUGUUAUGUGAGAGCAAAUUCCCACAGCACUUUGAUUCUCUGCUGUGAUGGAUUGUUAAUUGAUAUUUUCUAACUUCAUCUUCUAUUUUCUGUUAGCAGAGCCAACAUUCACGAGGAAGUAGGGAAAAAAUAGCAGGUGUGAGGUGAAAAUGACCCAUCAGUGAAACAGAGAGUGUGUUUUAAAAAACUAUAAACCUUUCUCCAAAAGAUGAUCAGUCCUCCCACUCUUUGAAUUUUGUUUUCUUUGUGUUACUCUGUGAGUUGUUUUUAUUUACUAGUUAGUACGAUUCUGUUUGCCUGCAUUUUAUCUUUUUUGAUUGAUACUAUGAAUAUAGUGGAAACCAGUUUUAUGACACUAGUCAUCAUAAGAGUUUGAAGUGCCCUGUAUCUCCCUAUAAAACUUGAACAUUCUGAAUUUUUUGCACAGUACAUGAUAUUGAAUAGCAUAAAACAAAAACAACCUGUAAGAAAUGUUUAAUGGUAAAAGUUCAGUGACUGAGGUAUAGAGGCAUUUAUUGGCAUAAACGCUAAAAUACACCGAACUGAAAAAACACCAACAGACACAGUUCAUAAACGUGUACUAAUCAGAGGCAUGAAUGUCAUAUUAAUUUUGAGAUUUCAGUGAUUUUAUUUGAAUCAAUCUUUUUCCUGGGUAGAAUGCUUAUACAACCAGGGCGACUCAGUGGGAAGAGUAGUAGCCUUUCAGUCUUGAAGUUGUGGGUUUGAUUCCAGCUAAUUUAAGGCACUUUACCUUAUGUUGCCUACUGAUCUGCAUAUUGGUGUAUGAAUGUGUGGCCUUUUGUUUGUGUGAUUCGGUGAAUGUGAUUCUAAUGUGAAGCUCUUUGAGUGGUCUGACUAGAAAAGCGCUAUAUAAAAUUCAGUUCAUUUACAACAUAUAUACAUUCAUUGUCUAUACUCUCUUGUCCUUGCAGGGUUGCCAGGUGUCUGUCUCCAUCAGUCAUUAAUUGAGAGGCAGGCUACACCCUGGGCAUGUCAACAACUGCAGUACUGUGCAGCCAUUCUAGCAUGAUUCUAGAUGGAAUAUUGGAUAUAUCUUUUUAUAAGAAUAUUUCAAGCAAUUACUUGUUUUUUUGCCAUGAACACAGCUUUUAAGCAAACUUCCAAAAUAUAAGGUCAAGGCUUUGGGAAGUCCAUUCCAGUAGCUUAUUUUCUGGAUAAAUAUCUCUAUAGAAGAUCCAGUUGUUUCCAAAUUUCAACCAUCUAGCUGUUUAUUCAUCUGGCAUAAAAAGGUUGCACAGCAUGAUGCUACCAUGCCCAUGUUUGAUAGAACAGCAUUGAUGGGUUUAACAGCCUUACCAAAGUUGAGUCAAUUUGGAGCAGGGUUUUCUUUUUUGGUUUGGGAUCCUUUCAGUUCAUGGCAAUGUUGGAACACAAUGUUGGAACACCAUGUUGGAACACCAGUGUCACGACAAUGACAUCAGAACUGGUUUUGUAAUUGAUAAAGCAGGCUAGCAAUACACUUUUGGAAUGACCUUCCCAAAGCACCAACCACAACCCAGUCAGCCAGAAAUAUGGCAGAAUAUUCUUGAUGUCAACAAAAAACACUUCACUAAUUACAUUUCUAAUGACAUUUAGCAAUCUUGGGAUGUUUGUAUGUAUGUUGGCCUGUAUGUGUAAUUUUGAGAGAAAACCCACAGCAAAUCCAAACCAGUGCAUCCAAAUCUUGUUUGUCAAAUCAUUGAGGUAGUACGUUGUAUCAUAGUUUUGCCCUGAAAAAAUUAAACAACCUUCAUACCCAUGAUGUGUUCAUGAAAACAUUUCACUGAAACUAUAUCUACCCAACCCCUUCCUUACUAAUAGAAAUUGAUGAAAGUGGGUUUCUUAGGGAUAUUUCAUUAUCAUGGAACAUAUUAUUGCUACUACUGCUUGUUCAUGUCAAGUUUUGGUAAAAUACAUUGGGACUGGCCUUAAAUUCAACUUAAUUUUCCCUUUAAGAAAAUUUAAUGUUAUUCCAUACAACACCCAUUCUACUGUAUGAAAUACACUUGUUACAAAGACAGAAAAACAAACCAUCAUCAUGUAUCAAACUCUAAUUGUUGAUAUUUAAACAUUUAGAUUUAAUAAUUUACAUUAUUAUUUUCACUUUGGUGUCAAUGCUCACUUGGCAGGGGUAACAAAUUAGAUAUGUGGGUGUACAUGACAGGCACACUUUAAAGUACAGUGAGAAGGUGAGCAAUACAUUAUUUAGGCAGCAUUUCUCUAUGUGGCUUCAGCUAUUUUCCCACUGUGCUUUUGGAACACAUAACACAGUAGCCAAACUUUUUGAGGAAUGAAAUGGCCAAAAUAUAUAAAGAGAAUGGAAGCCUCUGCACACUGUGAAAAUAGCAGCAUAGUGUUUCUUAGUUUUAAUGAUUCAGGUUUCAGCUACACUCUUACGAAGAAGGGAGAAAUUCCAGUAAUGCUAAUAUAACCAUGCUGGGGCAGCAAGUUGCUAUGAAGUGUCUCUUACAUGUUAAAAGCCAUUAAAACACAUUCCAAUUAUAGUCAGUGAUUGUGUUUUUGCAGCAACUUCACACACUAUAGGAAUCCAUUGUUUCAUCUCAACUAAUCCAAAAUGUUUCUUGCGCCCAUUGAACUGUAAUGGUAACAGGGUCUGAACAAAACUAAUUAGACACAGUAAGAAAUACACCAGGCAUAAUAUUAUGAUCAUUGUGUCUCCAAAAAUUGAUGUGUUAGAAGCAGUGGAAAAGGACAAGCAUAGGAAUUUGAAUGUGUUGUGGCCAGGUGACUGGGUCAGAGUAUCUAACAAAGCUGAAGCUAUGUGUCUGCAGUGGGCAGUCUCUAUCAAAAGUGGUCCAAGCAAGGAGAAGUUAGGAACCUGCGGCAGGGGGGCAAAUGCUGUACAUGGGGGGCAAAGGCUGGUCUCUUGAUAGGCUGGGCCCAAAAAAGCUGCUGUUGGACAAAUUGCAGAAGAAAUUAAUGCUGGCUCUGAUAGACGAGGGCAAGAAUACACAGUCUACUUCAGUUUCAUGCAUAUAGGUUCACUAUAGUAAAGUUGUCCAUGCUGACCUCUGUCCACUGCUAAAAUAAUCAAGAAUGGGUACAUGAACAGAAGAACUGGAUUAAGAAGCAAUGGAAGACGUUGGUCUGGUCCUAUGAAUCAAAUAUUUUCUUACAACUCACAAAUGGCCUCUUCAGGGUGCAUUGGCUAUCUGGGGAACACAUAGCACCAGGAUGCACUAUAAAAAGAUGGCAAGCCAUCUGACGCAGUAGUAUGAUAUGCGCAAUGUUCUGCUCCAAAAACACAUUGGUUCUGCCACCUUUGUGAAUAGAACCUUGACAUACCACCUACUCAAACGUUGUAGACUAUGUAGACACAUUUAUGGAAACAGUUCAGAUGACUGGGCCUUCUUUCAGCAGGAUUAGGCUCCCUGCCACAUAGCAAAGCUUAAGGAACAGUUUGAGGAGCCCAACAACCUGUUUGAGGUGUUGACUUUGUCUUUAAAUUCCCCAUAUCUAACUCCAAAUGAGCAUCUGCUGGACAAACUUAAAUCCAUGAAGUUGCAAAUUACCGGACUUCUGUAAUUUGCAGAUCCUUUAAAUGCUGUGGUUUCUUGCACUACUGCUCUGCUGUGGCGCAAGAUACCGCAGCACACCUUCAAGGGUCUAGUGAAGGCCAUGCGUCAAUGAGUCAACAAAAGGGGAACUGGUCCAAUAUUAGGCAGGUGGUCAUAAUGUAAUGAUUGCUCUUGCUCUCGCUUAAAGAAGUACAAUUUUAUACUUCUCUUAUGGAGCUUGAAAGAUAUUUCUAUCUUUGUCAUCUUCGUUUUCCCAACCAGCCCAAACCUACUACUCUCAAAAUCAGGGGUGUUUUGAACAUUGGCUUGUGACUAAGUUACAGUGUUUAGGCAUCCCUUUCAUCACAUAUCUGGUGAACAGGUGCAAAAAUGUAAAAUAUCAGAAUUAACAAUGCCACGGUUUGUUUGCUCGCAUGAAAUUGAACCAAAUAAGUUGCUUUCAUUGUUGUUAGUUUCCUUUUAGUUUCAAAUGCUUAAAGUGCUUUGCUGAAACGAUUCUACCAUUUAUGUUUCUAUAGUCAUUAGAGAAUCCUUAAACCGCAUGAAGUCAGUGAGGGGAUGAACACGACAACACUCAGACUGACAUCAUUAUUCAGCUGAAAUACAGAGGUGCAUGUUUAUUUCUUGCUUUUUGCUCAGUAUUACAGUGAAAAACUCAGACUUGAUAAAAAAUAAAAACCUGAAUUGUCAGUCAAGUUAAUGUUUAUAGAACUAAUCCUUAGUUUGUCAUGGAAAACUAAACUGUCACUGUAUAGUCAAUGACCUGCUUUAGCUCCAUGAUUUUAUAUCUGUUUUGCAGUCUGCCAUCUAUAAACAAUUAUUUGAAUUUCUAUCUUUUGUGGGAUAUCUUUUUAGUUCAUUUCCCUUUCUGCAUGAUUUUUGGUGUACCUUUUUUCCUUCUACGUUCUUUAAUUUGUUAUGUUUAACAUACAGAAUUACUCAGUGUAAGAGGCUGACUGACAGUUUAUUGUGAGGAUUGUAUGAGUAUUGUAGUCACCGUAUGUCUUGGCUGCAAAAGUGCUAGUUGCCAAACACUUUUGAAUUACAAUAAUGAAAAAUUGGGAUUAAGUCAAAAUGCUCAAACCCCUCCACCAGACUGAGUGGCAUUUUUGCUGUGGGUGUUGGCAAACAUUAACUUUUUUGUUUUUACAGCACCCCAGCAUUUUUUAUUAUUAAUAGCUUAGUUAGCUUAGUUUAACAUAUGCAUGCAAAUGAGAAGCCAAAGAACUACGACAGGAAGAACCCCUUAUCUGAGGCGAUCCAAAUGCUCAAAUAUCAAAUCAAUAGUACUCUGUGAUACCGACCAUAUUUUCCAACCACGCAGACUGAACAAUGUACAAUACUGAAGGCAUGAUUCUGAAGGAGGAUGUCAACUGGAUAUUGUCUGGAUAUAUUCAAAGGAAAAUGAAAAAAAAUUAUAUCUUUUGUCCCCUGGUGUGGGUAUUAUGUCAGUUAUAUGCUUCAAGCUGAUUGGACAACUUUCCUUCAUAGGACAUUUUCUUGUAAUAUGUAUGUAUAUACAGUAGUAACAUCCAGUUAAUCUAAUGUAAAUAAAUAAUACCACUAUGCAUGUUUAUUGGUGUAUGAAUCUGAAUGAUAGCAAUAAAAAAGGUUUAAUGUGUUA